AUCCAUAUUCCAUAGACUCCAUACCUUAAACUCAUAAUCGUCCUCCCAUUUCCUUCUAAAAAUGUUUUCCUCACACUUCACCUUCUCCAUCUGCCUUCUAACCUUUGCUUUCUUUCUACAAACCACUUUUGGAGCUAGCCCUAUCUUCCAUAUUUGUUCAAGUUCUGCUGGGAACUUCGCCUCCAAUAGCUCAUAUGAAUUAAACCUCAACAAUCUCUUGGGAAAUCUUUACAACCAAACCCCUCCACAGGGUUUUGGUCUCAUUUCAGUUGGUAUUUCUCCAAACCAAGCUUAUGGGCUUUCACUUUGUAGAGGUGAUCUUAGUGCCACAGAUUGCCAGACUUGUGUUAAUGAGGCUAGCAGUGAAAUUCCUCUCCUCUGCCCGUAUAAUAAAGGUGCAAUUAUAUGGUACGAUAAUUGUCUUUUGAAGUACUUGAACACUGACUUCUUUCACCAAAUUGAUAAUCAAAACCAGUUCUCAAUGUGGAACCCUCAAAACGCCAGCAAUUCCACAACAUUUACCAAUCAAACAAGCGAGUUCUUGACCCUUCUAGCUGUAGAAGCAACACUCACCCCAGAACUCUAUGCAGUUGGAGAACUAGACGUAGCAGUUGGUGGUUCAAAUAAGCUCUAUGGUUUGGUACAAUGAACCAGGGAUCUUUCUAACAGUGAUUGCUUCAAAUGUCUUGACGGUAUAAUUGGUGAACUUCCGAAUUGUUGUAAUGGUAAAAUUGGAGGAAGAGUUGUCACUGGGAGUUGCAACAUAAGAUAUGAGAUUUACCCUUUCUUUAGUUUUUAGGUAAUAUGUGUAAAAUUCUUCUAAAAACAAAAGGUAAUAUGCAAUAUGCGUAAAAUAAUAAGUGUUGGUUGUAUAAAAACGUUUAUGAUUUUCCAUUUUGCAAAAAAAAUGCAGUAUUAACAGCUGCUUUGCAUUGGCUGCAUGUUUCAAACUGUUGUUGAAAUAUUGAAUAAA